UGGAGACUAGGUGGGUGUGAUCACACUCUUGCCUCGGUCUGCGCUUUUUCCCAAUUCCUAUGUCGUCAGUCGACGAUUAAACAUUGACUUUCGACACCACUAAGGACACAUUGCUGUGCUUUAACUUACAUGUGAAGAGGGGUUUCAGUCCGCCAACGGUUAAGAUAGCUAGCUACAGUAGCUAGAUUAUUUAUUCAGGUUGUUAGCCAGUGUCUGUCCCCCUGCUGAGCUGACAGUGUAGCGGAGUCCAUUGUCUCCUCAGCACCAGUUUGCUAUUCGUGCAUUUGCAGGCAUAGCAACACUCAGUACUCUGCUGAAAUGGCAUCCUCUGGAGAGAUCCUGAUCAAGGAGUUGGACAAGCGUGCUUCAGGUCAAGCAUUUGAGGUAAUCUUGGCCCCCGAUGCCAAGGGUGAAAUCCCCCUACCUCCCCCGAAGGAGAAGAAGGAGAUGUCCCUGGAGGAGAUUCAGAAGAAACUGGAGGCUGCAGAGGAGAGACGCAAGAGUCAUGAGGCAGAGGUGCUGAAGCACUUAGCUGAGAAGAGAGAGCACGAGAAGGAAGUUCUGAAGAAAGCCAUGGAAGAGAACAACAACUUCAGCAAGACGGCAGAGGAGAAGCUCAAUCAGAAGAUGGAAGCCAACAAAGAGAAUCGCACGGCACGAAUGGCAGCACUCAAUGAGAAAUUCAAGGAGAAGGAUAAGAAGCUUGAGGAGGUACGAAAGGCAAAGGAAACAAAACCAGAGGGGGAGAACUGAUUUUCUUUUGUAAUAUUUUUUUAAAAACUUGUGCAAAGAUAUCUUUUUGUUCUGUUCAAUGACAGUAUUAUAUUUGUCAUUGUUAUAGUUUUAUUCACCUUGUUAGGAUUAGUUAGGCUGUCCAUUGUUGCUUUUGUUGUGGAUGUGUAAGUAUUUCUUCCCCCACCUCCGGUAGAUUUGUGUAUUGCAGUUUAUGACCUUUGAAAUAAGCAGCGUUUUUACCUAUAAGGAAGCAUGCCACUGUUACACAUUGGUCCUUAUUGUGAUUUACAUAACGUAAGUAAAUCCUUGUACCUUGUAAAACUGCGUUUAUCUGAUCUUAAUAAAGUUGCAAUUGUUCUUUAAAA